CGGCUGAGCUCAUUUUGAAAUGCCAAAAAGAUCAAGAUAUCAACUUUCUAGAAAUAGUACCCAGGCCAGGGCAUCAAAAAUACGUCGAAAUGAAGAAUCUUCAUCAGAAACUGAAAAUCGUCUUUCAAUUCAUAGACAAUAUGUGGCACAAUCGCGUGCUAGAGAGUCGAGUACCGAGCGUUCGCAAAGGCUCGCUGAACAAAAUAUGAGAACCGCUCAAAUACGAGCGAGAGAAUCCAGUUUGCAGCGUUCUCAACGGCUCGCUGAACAAAAUGUGAGGACUUCUCGAGUCCGCGAGCGAGAGUCAAGUCUUGAGCGUUUACAGCGUAUAGCUCAACAAAAUUUGAGAACCUCGCAGGUACGCGCGCAAGAGUCAAGUAAUCAGCGUUUGCAGCGGGUUGAAGAACAAAAUAUCAGAAAUAUUCAAUCUCGCAAUAGGGAAUCAAGCUCUGAGCGUUUCCAACGCCUUCAAGAUAAUAGAGAACGACAAAAGACGUUAAGAGCGAGAAGUCGCAAUCAAGCUUCAGCCCACAGUAAAAGAUCGGCUUUUAGAUACGAUCCACAGAUUGAUUAUGCUCAUCAGUCUUCAAUACAAAUCGGCGAUAUGAAUAAGAUAUGCCCUAAGUGUUCAGCAAAAAAAUGGGUCGAUGAAACAAAUGGAAUGUGCUGUGCUUCUGGAAAAGUUAGUCUCCCAAGUAUUCAGGAACCACCACAGCCAAUAAAAAAUCUUUUGAAAAAUAAUCAUUCGCUAUCUAGACAUUUCAUAACCAACAUCCAGGGACAAGUAUAUCAUCUUAUUGGUAGCCUUUUACCACCACCAGGCCAAAAUCCACAAUACUUGCAGGUAUAUUUCAUUUCAGAAGCAGAUCAGCUAUCAUUGAGGUCAAACAUAGCUCCAACGCUGAAAAUAAAUUUAAUUAACGAACUACAGACUACUAUCCGUCAAUCUUGA